AUGCGGAAGCAUUCUCCUCAACCAAACGUCAUUGCACAGCUCGGACCCUGACGGAUAAACUGUUAGGGUGGAAAGGCAAUACCACUAGCGCCAACUCGCUCCCGACGACCCGGUCCCCCCACUCGUCCGAGUCCCAACCCAAGCUGCUGCGGUGGACUCCCUUCGCGUUUUGAUCUGUUGAGAUCCGAGGGAAAGCAGAGGGCAUAUCAAAAUGAAGGCACUUAUUCUUGUUGGAGGUUUCGGGACGCGUCUGCGGCCGUUGACACUCAGUUUUCCCAAGCCACUUGUUGAGUUUGCUAACAAACCCAUGAUCCUGCAUCAGAUAGAGGCUCUUAAGGCAAUUGGCGUGACAGAAGUGGUUCUGGCUAUCAAUUACCAACCAGAGGUGAUGAUGACUUUCUUGAAGGAGUUUGAGGAAAAGGUUGGCAUCAAGAUCACAUGCUCACAAGAGACUGAGCCCCUUGGCACUGCUGGACCUCUGGCUCUUGCUAGGGACAAACUGAUUGACGAUUCUGGUGAGCCCUUCUUUGUCCUUAACAGUGAUGUUAUCAGCGAGUACCCGUUUAAGGAAAUGAUUGAAUUCCAUAAAGCCCAUGGAGGAGAAGCUUCCAUAAUGGUGACCAAGGUGGAUGAGCCGUCGAAAUAUGGAGUGGUGGUUAUGGAAGAGUCUACAGGGAAAGUUCAGAAAUUUGUGGAGAAACCAAAGUUGUUUGUUGGCAACAAAAUCAAUGCUGGAAUUUACUUGUUGAACCCCUCCGUUCUUGAUAAAAUUGAACUCAGACCAACCUCAAUUGAGAAAGAAGUAUUCCCAAAAAUCGCAGCAGAGAAUAAGCUCUUCGCAAUGGUCCUUCCAGGGUUUUGGAUGGACAUUGGGCAACCAAGGGAUUAUAUUACCGGCCUGAGACUAUACCUGGAUUCGUUGAGGAAGAACUCUUCAUCCAAGUUGGCCAGAGGCGCCCACAUUGUGGGAAACGUUCUGGUGGACGAGACAGCCAAAAUUGGCGAGGGAUGCCUGAUUGGACCGGAUGUUGCAAUCGGUCCAGGCUGCAUUAUUGAGUCGGGAGUCAGGCUCUCUCGCUGUACAGUAAUGCGUGGAGUCCGCAUCAAGAACCACGCAUGCAUUUCCAGCAGUAUAAUCGGAUGGCACUCCACCGUUGGACAAUGGGCUCGUGUAGAGAACAUGACCAUCCUCGGAGAAGAUGUGCAUGUGAGCGAUGAGAUUUACAGCAACGGAGGUGUGGUUUUGCCCCACAAAGAAAUCAAGUCGAGCAUUUUGAAGCCGGAAAUUGUAAUGUAGGCUGUACGCUGUCGCUUAUGUUCAAAUUACAAAACAGAAUUUGGUGUCAAGAGAUGUAGUAAGUUAUUUUGUUUGAUAUGUAUUUGCUAUUUUUAUCCUUCCCGUUUAUACAGUGCAUAGGCUCUGCUGCUCCUUCAUUUGUGAUGUUUUUUGAAGUUUUGGGGCCGUUGGUUGUCCUCUGGGACUUGGAAUUGUUGUGAAUUGUGUAUUGUUUUUGGUGUAUAUAGGAAUAAAUUUAUCAGUCA